AGCUCCAAAGAUGUCAGUCCAACAGCGGCCAUAACUGUUUUGUUGUUCUGAGUGUUGACAUUUCUUGAAUUAAAUCCUAGUUGGUGUCUAAACUGAUAAAUCCAGGUGUAUCUUUCACAUCACUCAAUAUUGGAAAUCCGUCCUAUAGGACUUGACGCAAUUAAAAAUGUUGGGUCUUUGGAAAGUCCGAGAAAUCGCCGACAAAGUGACAAAUGUGGUUAUGAACUAUACUGAAAUUGAAGCUAAAGUAAGAGAAGCUACAAAUGAUGAAGCCUGGGGACCAACUGGACAAUUAAUGCAAGAAGUUGCACAAGCAACAUUUACAUAUGAACAAUUCCCUGAAGUUAUGGGUAUGUUGUGGAAGCGGAUGUUGGGUGAAAGGAAAAAUUGGCGGAGAACUUAUAAAUCGUUGCUGUUGUUGAAUUAUCUUAUCAAGAACGGUUCUGAAAGAGUUGUUACAUCUGCAAGAGAACACCUGUAUGAUUUGCGAGGAUUGGAGAAUUAUACCUGUGUUGAUGAACAAGGCAAAGAUCAGGGAGUCAACAUUAGACACAAAGUGAAAGAGAUGGUUGACUUCAUUCAAGAUGAUGACAAGUUGCGUGAAGAAAGAAAGAAAGCCAAGAAGAACAAGGACAAAUAUGUUGGAAUGUCUAAUGAUACUUUAGGUAUGGGGAUGGGCUAUAGAGGUGGAGGUGGAGGAGGAGGAGGAGGUGGUGGUGGAGGAGCUAGUGGAGGAAGUUGGGAAGAAGCACCACGGCGACGAAAUGAUGAAUUUAGCGAUUGGGAUGCUAAUCGCGGCAAUGGUUCUUCAAGAAGGAAGAACGACGAUGAUAACUCGUCUGAUAUCAGUGCGGACGAAUCUACGGAUCGGCGAGACAUCUCUUCAGGAAUAGAGUCCAAAUCUAGUGGUCGCUUUGGUGGCGAAUUCCGUGAUAGUGAUGAACCACCUAAGCGUCAAGACAAGGAAUUUAGAUUUGAUGUCGAGAAACCCACCAGUGUCAAGUCCAUCAGUGCAAAACCUACAAAAAAGAUUGAUUUGGGAGCAGCUGCUUUCUAUAAAGUAGAUCCCGCUACAACUAGCUUAUCCAAUCCUGUUACACAAACAACAAAUGACAACGGCUCAAGUGAUCUGCUAGCGGACGUAUUUGGAAAUCCCGGUAAUGCCACGACGACGGCAACAAACACAGCUGCAAAUAUCUUAGACGACUUCGAUCCGCGCGGGGUUGACAGCGGUGCCAAUGGAGAUUUUGGUGAUUUUUCCAGUGCCUUCUCUUCCCAAGCAGCUCCACAAGCUUCUACCAGCGAUAGCUUUGCCAACUUUGGCGCUGUGUUCGAUUCGUCUCCAGCUAUCCCCCAAGCUGCUGCUGCUACUACUCCAAGCCAAGACGCUUUUCUUCUUGAUGAUCUUUUGGCACCAGCUCCCGUCGGCCCAUCCUCCAUGCCCUUCAAUGCCUUUUCAACGAACGUUAUGCCUCCAGUCCCUGCUCCACUGGAUGAUGAAACAAUCUGCUCCGAGGUCGAACAGCUUUCAAUUACGUCCGUUCCACCGAAAUCAGAAGAGGUUUGGAAAACCCAAGUGGGUCGUCUAAUGAAGAUACUUGCAACCCCCAAGCUGCGGACCGAAUGCCGCAAAUUAACGAUUGAACUGGCUCGACUACUUCCCGGUCUACCGACGCCACAAAAGCUUUGUCUGAUUGAUACUCUCAGCGAAGAAUGCCGGGAGUUUACGUUGAAUCAUUAUCGGCCAAUUUUGGAAGCCAUGCUAGCUGUCGCCCCUGAAGAUGACAUGGUUCUCGUUUGGAUAAAGGCUGGUCCGGCUGAAGAAUCACUCCACACCCUGACACAAUCGAUUAAGGAUUUGAUGCCUAGUAAACGCCGUGACGCGUUGGUGCUUCUAGUAAGUCGCCUAAUCGCAUCAGACGCAUUCCUCUUCAGUUGUAUUUCUCCGUCGUUCAACUUGACCGAUAGAUGGCAAUGGGAAGAAGAUUGGGUACAUCAGGUCGCUAGUUUACCGGAUGUAUUGGGAAACGUUUUGCAAAGGUAUUUACCUCUCCAGCUGGCUCCUGCCGGUUACUGUCGCUCCAUCGCGUUUCAACUAGCCCGGUGCUUGUUUAUUCUAAGUCAGGCCAUGCAGCAUUCUAUCAACGUCAAGGUAGAGCCCCUAGCUGUGCUUGUGGCUAGUUUGUGUGCCAAAUCCAACCCAAAUUACUUACUGGAGCCGCUUAUAGAACUUAUAAACAGCCUAACUAAAAACAAUUUCAUCGCCCGGAGACUUUGGGCUGCCUUGAUGCGCUCACUAGAUGAUCGGUGUCUCGAACAAGUUGUGACGUACAUUUCAAAAUGGUCUCAAUCAACUAUUACUUUUAAACGACUCUUGGGAAUUUCUCAGUUCCCCUUGGAAGAUCGCUUGCAGCGUUUACUCUGCUCAAAACUACUACUUCUUCGGGGCUUUACCUGCACAAGAGUCGGCCGCAAUGUUUUGACUUUUCUAGCCGACCACUCGGAGACUUUACUGAAAGUAACCAUCAACUUACUUUCAGUGUGGAGUGAUAAGAAUGCCCUACUUCUCACAUCUCCGGAACAGCACGAAUUUAUUACUAAAUGUCUGAUCAUUGCUCUACACCUCCUUCCGCCGGAAGAGCUUACGACGCAAAGGGUGGAGUUGCACCGGAUGUUGAGAGAAGGUGUAAACCAUCAUUUGGAAUCUCCUCAAGUGGCUGUCAGAAUAAUUGGAAUGUUUGUUGCUGAGGUUUGCACAAGACGCAUUCAUCCGGAUGGACCUGCAUUGGAAUUUACUUACGAUAAAACGGAUGCAUUGGUUCUUCAGCUUCAGGAUCUUCUUCUUCCGAAAGAAAAUGAAGAAUGCGAUGUUGAGGACUUUGAAACCGUGCUGGAAAGGAUUCAGAAAACUACGAGUCCGAAUAUCCCAUCAACAUACGAUCAACACCAAGUAAAACCGCCAGUAUUACAACCAUCUUCCCAGUCGAAGCAGAUCCUGAAAACAGUAACAUCUCAAGAAGAUUUAGAUAGCGACGACGAUUUAGAACCUUACGACAUGUCGGAAGAUACUGUCGAGUCAAAAUUUGAAGCUCCGUAUUACAUUCGUGACCUAAUGGACAUGCUGGGUAACACUCAAAAUGAAGCAGAAGAGUACGAGAAAUUACGUUUGGCUCUUGAAGUCAGUGAAGAAAUUAUUCGUCAGCAACUGCCUCGUGAGCAUCCUUCGCUUGCUAGUCAACUUCUGUCCAUUCUAAUCCAUCUUCAAGACAAGUUUUCACUUCCUGAUUUCAUCGGAUUACGAAGACGAGGAUUGAUUGCUGUGUGCGUUUCGCAACCGAUGGAGUCGGCCCAAUUUCUUACCGGCGAAUUCUACCGAACUAAUUACUCUGUGGUUCAAAGACUGGACAUGCUCCAUGUUAUUAGUACUGCAGUCCAAGAGCUUUCAUCUCGACCAGUUUCCACUACGUCAAGCAUUGAAGACACGAAUUCUGCCCAGCAAGUUGUUUCCGACAGACAAGAUUGGCGUCAAGUUGUGUCACGACGAAUUGAGGCCAAUACGCGCCGUUUCUCCUCUACCAGCCAUCGCCAUGAGCCAGUGAAAUACCAGAAUUGCUUCAGUCCCCUAGCAGGAUAUUUCUUUUUCCCUCUGGCUGAAAAAUUAGACCGCUGUCUAGUUCAUUUGAGUCUAAUGGACCAAGAUUUUGUUUUGCUUUCAUCUCUGAUUCGAACUUUGACAACCAUCUUGCACUGCAUUGGGCCUGUGCCAUUGACGGAACGAAUGGUCCGCACUCUUGUCGACAUGAUCUGGUUUCUACGUUUGCAUCGCGAACCCAGCGUCCGGGAAGCGUCACUGACAGCGUUUAUUCAAUCUCUGUUGUCAGUCAGCAAUCACCAGUUAAUGGCUAAUCAUGCAUUGGAAAUCGCUGAUUGGAAAGACUGGCUGCUGGAAGCGAUGGAGCACGACCCGUCAACUCAAGUCCGUUCACUCGCCCAGAAUGCCAUUUCUCUGCUGGCCCAUCAACUGAAUACAUGAACCGUUACAUUUGGCGUUUGUAACACACGUACCAAGAAGAAGUCUCCAAUACAUGUCAAUUGUCUUCAAUGAA